GAGAAGCGGACUACAGGUCCCAUGGGCUCACGCGAUCGCCGGCUAGUUCCGGACAACGCCUGGUGUGUGUGGUAACAACGGUGGCAGCGGCAGCGGCGAGAGAGACACACAAGAGAGAGAGACACACACAGGGAGAGGAGGACGCUUCUUUUCCGGCACGUACUUCCGGCAGGAGCGACGCGGGGAGAACCUGCUCGGGAGUCCUAGAGGCUUCGCGGGUCAGGUGAAAGCGAGAAGUGAGAGCUACGUAUUCUGAAUAUUAUAAACAUCUAACUACAAUAAGGAGAAAAAAUAUAGCUGUAGUUGAAUGAGGAAUCUGUUGCUUCAGUAGCCUUUUUCUUCAAGAGUGGGUCUUUGAAUGAGGAUGACAAUGGAAGAGAUGAGGAAUGAAGCAGAGACCACUUCUAUGGUUUCCAUGCCUCUUUAUGCCGUUAUGUAUCCUGUCUUUAAUGAGCUAGAACGAGUAAAUCUAUCAGCAGCUCAAACAUUGAGAGCAGCUUUUAUUAAGGCAGAAAGGGAAAACCCAGGUCUCACACAAGAUAUUAUCAUAAAAAUUUUGGAGAAGAAAAGCAUUGAAGUUAAUUUUACUGAAUCUCUCUUGCGCAUGGCAGCGGAUGAUGUAGAAGAGUACAUGAUUGAAAGGCCAGAGCCCGAAUUCCAAGACCUCAAUGAAAAGGCACGAGCACUUAAACAGAUUCUCAGCAAGAUUCCAGAUGAGAUCAAUGACAGAGUGAGGUUUCUUCAGACAAUCAAGGACAUUGCCAGUGCAAUAAAGGAACUUCUCGAUACAGUAAAUAAUGUCUUCAAGAAAUACCAAUAUCAGAACCGGAGGGCACUUGAACACCAAAAGAAAGAAUUUGUAAAAUACUCCAAAAGUUUCAGUGACACUUUGAAAACUUAUUUUAAAGAUGGAAAGGCAAUAAAUGUGUUCAUAAGUGCCAACCGACUAAUUCAUCAAACUAACUUGAUACUCCAGACCUUCAAAACUGUGGCCUGAAAAAAAAACUGUAUAUGUUGAGAGCUGUACUUUUCAAUGAUGGAUAGGAUACCUUUAUAUGUAAACUUUAAAGUUUUGACUGUGUAAAUUAUCAAUCCCAAUUGAAGGGACUUAAUGCAGGAUUUUGAAUGGGAUUUAUUGCCAUCUUACACCAUAUUUUUGUAAAAACAUAGCUUAAUCAUAAUCACACAAUGAAGAUUUUGCAUCACUUUUUUGCUAUUAUUCUUUUCAGAAUUAUAAGCCAAAAGAAUUUACGCCUUAAUGUGUCAUUAUGUAACAUUCCUUAUAAGAACUGUAAAUAUUUGGUGUUCUGUUUCUGACAUUUUAACUUGAAAGCGAAAAACUGCAACAGAAUUAUGUAUUUAACAAUAUUGGUGGCAAAUAUUCAAUAAAUAGUUUACAUCUGUUUAUCUCUAUAAUUUUAUCCCAUAAUGGUGUCCUUGAAGCUAAAAUCAGCGGGGAGAUGUACAUACGUCUUCAGAGUUCAUACAAAGAAUGAUGUCGUUUUAAGAAGAUCGAAUCUUCAAAGUUUCCUGCACAGAAAUUCACUCUUAACUACUGAGUCUUUCCCUCAAAAGCUUGAUUUUUUUUUUCCAAAUUAUUUUUAAAGUGAAUUAUUAUAUUACCAAAGAACUCAUCAUUAACGGUGGCGUGAACUGCAGAACCUCUUUGGGGAGUGAUAGUAGGUGUGCAGUUGUCAAUAAAUAGUUUUAUAUAUAUGAACUUAUGCAGCAUCACUGUUAGUACAUUUGAUAAGUUUCCCCCAAAAUAAGACAUCCCCUGAUAAUAAGCCCAAUCGGGCUUUUGAGCACAUGUCAAUGAGGCCAAGCGCUUAUUUCAGGGUUCAAAAAAAUAUAAGACAGGGUCUUAUUUUCGGGGAAACACAGUACCUAGUGCCAGGGUAUGGGGUAUGUUUGUUUCGCCUAUACAACCUGUGAAAAUUAUUCAGAAUUGGGAGACUGUGAUUUAUUAAGAGGUGUAUUUCUGAGCUAUUCACAAUCAGCAAUGCCUCCAUUAGAUAAAUGGAGUACAUUCCUUGGUGUACUAAUUUAGUUACACUGAAAAUUAAGAAAUUACUUUUGUUGAUGUAAAUAUUCUGGUGGGAAUAUCUCUAGCAUUUGGCAGUGUAACAGAAGUAAAAAUUGAGUUUGCCCAAAGGAGUUUGGCAUUUAAUUAAUUUUGAUAACAAAAAACCAAUGAAGGAAAGAGAGGUGAAGAUAACAUGCAGACUACCCGUAUCACUGUGCUGAAAUUAUAUUUAAUAAAGUAUUGCAGUUAUAUCAA